UUGUUUGGGAAGAAGAGUUCGAGCAAGAGCAAUCCGGCGAGCCCUCCUCAUCCCGCCGAGGGUAGGUCGCCGCCACCAUCGUAUCUGACCAACAAAAGGGCCGAAACGGAGUACGAUUUCCCAACCUCCGAUGAACGAACAACUUACCGGAAACAGCCGGCGUCUGAACGCGUCCCCAACUCCCACCCUAGGCCUCCGGUGUACGGCGGAUACGGCACGCCUGAGCGUCGUAGAGAAAGAAUGAGUUAUGAGCCAGAGACCAACGCUCCCUCGAGCCCCUUUCAUCCCUCUGGAAACCGCACGCCUGAACGUCGUAGAAAGCCAAGCGAGUAUAGUCGGGAACACCACGAUCAUAUGUAUGAGGCAGAUACCCGAAGCAAUGCGAGCCCAUUUCACCCUUUCAAAAGCCCUUCUCCAUCUCCAUACCACACGCCUGAUCGCCGCAGUACCCAAGACUACGAGGCAAUGUACGAGCCUGAGGCCAACACCAUGUUUCAGAACAGCGCUCCUGCGAGCCCAUUUCAUGCAGCCGGAAGCCGCUCUCCAUCACCAUACAGAACUCCUGAUGGUCGUGGUGAUGAGCAAUUUGAUGACCUGUAUGAGCGAGAUGGUGACGUAACACCGCGAAACAGCUCUCCACCGAGCCCGUUUCAUCCAGCAGCAAGCCGCUCGCCACCACCACAAUCAUUCAGAACGCCGGAGCAUGGUAAUGAACAAAUUGGGGACCUGUACGAGGCAGAUGGUGAUGUAACACCGCGAAACAGCUCUCCACCACAACAACCAUACAGAACGCCCGAUCAUCGUAGAAACCACCAUGAUGAUGAGCAGAUGGAUGGCAAUGUGAUGGCACGGAACAGCGUUCCUCCGAGCCCAGUUCAUGGCGGUGCAGCAGCGUACUAUUCAUCCAGUGACGACGAUAACCACUCUACCUAUCUCUUUCCAGAAAUUGCCACCCCAACUCGUUCCGCCAACGGCACGCCGGUACACCACAACUAUCAGAUCGUCGCGGCCGAAACCUAUGAGCAAGAGAAGCAGUACGAGCCGCCGGAGCUGCCGGACGAGUCUCAGAGCUUCACGCUGCAGGAGAUCGCCAAAAUGAGAGGACUCAAGGAAGAGAGUCAAUCAAUGAUCUCCGAGGCUUACGUAUCGGUGGCGAACUAUAGAGUAAGGGUGAGCGUGGCGGAAACCCUCCAGGCGAUCCUGGACAAGCACGGAGACAUCGCCGCCUCCUCGAAGCUCCAAUCCACCAUGACGAGGUCCUACUACCUGGAAUCGCUAGCGGCGGUGGUGAAGGAGCUGAGGUCGACGGGGUUGAGGGAUCUGACGAAAACGAGAGUGGCGGAGAUGGCGGCGGUGGUGAAGGACAUGGAGUCGGUGAAAAUCCAAGUGUCGUGGCUGAAGAAAGCGAUGGAGGAGCUGGAGGAGGCGGUGGACUACUUCGGGGAGUACGACGCGGCGAAGGCGGAGAGAGAGGUGUGCGAGAGGGAAGUGAAGGCGGGGAAGGGAGAGAUGGAGGAGAUGAGGGCGGAGCUGGGCAAGAGAGAGAAGGAAAUCAGAGAAUGCAGAGAGAGGGUGACGGUGGUGGCCGGAAAGCUGGGGCAACUGGAAAUGAAAGGCUCGAGAUUGAACAAGAACCUGGAGCUGUUUGAGUCCAAGGUCCAUAAGUUCCAAGGACAAGCCGUCCUUCUCCACGUUUAA